AACAACUUUCUCACAGUCAAUACAGACCUACAAGUAACAAAAUCCAAAAAUCAAAAUGUUCAAGUUGGUGGUAUUGUCUGCUCUCCUCGCCGUAGCUGCUGCUGCUCCACAUGUCGUCCAAUCGCCAGUUGUCUAUUCUGCGCCCGCAGCCGCUGUUGCCGUUCAAGAGAAUGUUCUUGCCAAAGUUGGCUCUGUGGUGAAGAGUGUGCCCACCGCGGUCUCACACCAAAGCUCCACUGUUGUGCACAACUCGGCUGUCUCUGUUGAGGAUGUCGUUGCUCCAGCCGUGAAGACUACCUACUCUGCGCCUGUUGUGCACUCUGCUCCUCUGGUGCACUCAGCUCCAGUUGUGCACUCUGCUCCUUUGGUGCACUCAGCUCCAGUUGUCCACUCCACCUACGCUGCUGCUGCUGCUCCAGUUGUGCACUCUGCUCCUUUGGUGCACUCAGCUCCAGUUGUCCACUCCACCUAUGCUGCUGCUGCUCCUUUGGUGCACACCACCUAUGGUGCUGCUGUGGUUGCUGCUUCUUCUCCACUCACCUACACCGCUCACGGUCUGUGGUAAGCGAAGUGGAAAUUUGAUGACCGGAAUGUUUGGCAACGGAUUGAAUUGUGGAUUAGAGUUGGACGGCUAAAUUGAGAAUUUUGUGAUUUUUAGUUUUGUAAAUAAAAUAAAGCAAAU